CUUCACUGAGCGCUCUUCAACGGAUCUCAAUUCAGUUUGCAAGCGCUGCUCAACGUCAAUGGUUUAGAACUCGAAAAGGAACCCGUUAAAAUAAAAUUAACCGCGUUGUAAAAUUUCGCUACUCCUAAAAUACUCAUCGGCAGCAAAAGCUUCGGAAUGUUGUUACGUAAAGCUAUUUACCUGCUCCUGCCCAUCACCGUUUGCCUCUUAAUCCACCUAACUGCCAGUGAAAUAUGCCGUAAAUUAGAUGAUACAAGCACAAUACUGCGUACAAAUCGGCAAGCAUUUCUAAGCAUAACAGAGGGUGCAGAGAAAUUUGGUUUGGAACUUUUUACAAAGAUA